UAUAUCCCACCCCCCACAAAAACAAAAAACCAGUAUUUUGGUUCAUAUUGAUCCAUCUUACAAGACCCAAACAAUGUCUUCUAAUUCCAGCUCCGACACUGCCACCAAACUUCCUUUGAGACCCAUCCCGGGCAGCUAUGGCAUCCCUUUCUUCGGAGCCAUCUUUGAUAGGUUCGACUAUUUCUAUAAUCAAGGUCGUGACAAGUUCUUCCAAUCUCGUAUCGACAAGUACAAAUCCACGGUGUUCCGUACCAACAUGCCGCCCGGUCCCUUCAACGCCUCCGACCCUCGGGUCGUCGCCGUCCUUGAUGCCCUCAGCUUUCCCAUCCUCUUUGACACCUCCAAGGUCGAGAAACGCGACGUCUUCACCGGCACCUACAUGCCCUCCAAGGACUUCACCGGCGGCUACCGCGUCUGCGCCUACCUCGAUCCUUCAGAGAAGAAGCACCAGCAGAUCAAGAGCUUCUUUUUCGCUCUUCUUGCUUCACGGAAAGACCAGACCAUCCCUCUCCUACGGAGCUACUUGAACGAGCUAUUUCUCAAGCUAGGCGACCAAGUACAAGACCACGGCCACGCUUCGCUCAACUCCAUCAGCGACGCCGAGCUCUUCAAUUUCGUCUUCCGACUCUACACAGGUAAGGACCCCGCUCAGACCAACCUCGGAUCUUUCGCAUCUAAGCUCUUCGAGCUCUGGGUGUUCCCGCAGGUUGCUCCUCUAGGAUCACUGGAGCUACCGUGGUACUUCUUCCCGAUAAACGUGGUGGAAGAUUUCUUCCUCCAUACGCUGCCGUUUCCUGGGUGGUUGCUGAAAUGGGACCAGAGAAAGCUUUAUAAAGCCCUGUACACUUCGGCGACGGAAGCUCUUGAUUUAGCUUCGACUUACGGGCUAUCUCGAGAAGAAGCCUGCAACAACCUCCUCUUUGUUCUGGGCUUCAACACUUACGGCGGGGUGAAAAUAGUGAUCCCAACGCUGAUGAAGUGGUUAGGGCUAGCCGGAAAGAGCCUGCACAAGAGAAUCGCCGACGAAGUGAGAACAGUCGUGAAGGAAGAAGGUGGGGUCACUUUCACGGCACUGGAAAAGAUGGCGCUGGUGAAGUCGGUGGUGUGGGAGAUGAUGAGGAUCGAGCCUCCGGUGCCGUACCAGUACGGGAAGGCGAAGGCGGAUCUGGUGAUUCAGAGCCACGACGCGACGUUUGUGGUGAAGAAAGGAGAGAUGAUCUUUGGGUUUCAGCCAUUUGCGACGAAGGAUGAGAGGGUGUUCAAGAAUGCAAAGGAGUUUGUGGGAGACAGGUUCGUCGGAGAGGGCGAAAGCUUGUUGAAGUACGUGUACUGGUCGAAUGGGAGGGAGACGGAGAAUCCGACGGCCGGGAAUAAACAGUGUCCGGGGAAGAAUCUGGUAGAGUUGGUUCUACGGGUGUUUUUGGUGGACUUCUUCUUGAGGUUUGACACGUUUACAGUGAAGCUUGGUAAGCCCACACUGGGCCCCUCAGUUACCAUCACGUCCCUGGUCAGGGCCUCUACCUCCUAGGUUCUAACUCUUCAAUCUUCACUAUGCUGCACCGUAUUCUCUUCUGUUGUACCCCACCCACCCCACCCAAACCCCAAAAAAAAAAAUAAAAAAAGGUCUGGCCCUUCGUUACGUUGUUGGUUCUGGAAAUUUUAUUGCGUUGCGUAUGAUUAAAUAGCAAAAUUGAGAAUAAAAGAGAAUCUCAUCAUUUCCAUAC